AUGGCACGGCCGCUAGGAAAUUCAUAUGGAGCUGGAUAUGCGCAAAAUGUCUCUCCUGGUAUGGCAAGGCCCGGUCUCAAGAACAGUCUUUCACACAACGGUAGUACCUAUUGCGAGCCCUACCAUGGUGCUUUUGAGGACUACGAUGAAACCUUCAGCACUCGCAGAGUGGACUCUCAUGCUGGGCUAGUUCACCCAACUCCGAAAAAUACCCACAUGGCAGCCAACAAUCUUUCUUUGCUAUCAAUCACCGAAGAAACAUCAUCACUUUGUUCGUUUGAAGUUCCAAAUGAGCAACCAAGCUGUGAUAUCACCAAUCAUCAGCCUGUAUAUGCCCCAAACAUCACUAGCUACAAUACGGACAAGGCUGAUCUCAACUUCCACGCUCAUAAACUACACAUAAAUCCCCACACCUCCCCAUUCACCAAGUUCCGCAGCUCUGAAAAUGGUGCUCCAUGGAGCUCAUGGAGUAUGGACACUGAAACCGACAUGUGGUAUAGUCAUCGCGUCACAAGCGAUGCAGCUGAUGAUAUGACUUGUUCCACGGGCAGCCCUUACGACGGACCUUGGUCCGUGAAUCAUCCAUACAUCCACGCGAAACAGAACACAGACUCCGUUAUCAUGAACCAUGGCUUACCAAUGCCACGCUUUGGCCAUAUUCUCAUGGCUGGAACCCCUUCUUCGUCAAUCCACGAGUCUUUCGUUUCUUCCUCGGCUCCCAAGCCAACCACAAUCCAAACCCACCAGAACCAACAGGUCUUCUCAAACAAUGGGAAUACUUCGAGUUCUAAGACUGUCUACUCAGACACACAUGCUGGCUCUUUCGGCCAGAAUCCACUGAGCGAACCCAGUCCUUCAUAUGUUCACACCACGACAGAGGAAACAACCUCUCCUCAACCAACCAACGAGGACCGAGCCACCAUCGAAGCAAGUCUUCACUACAGCGAUGCCCGCAAUGCAUUCCUGAUUGACUGCAAGCGACGCGGUCUCUCUUACAAGGAUAUCAAGCGAAUGGGCGGAUUCAAAGAGGCAGAGUCCACACUACGAGGGCGAUUCCGCACUCUGACAAAAGCCAAGGAUCAGCGCGUGAGGAAGCCAAAGUGGCAAGACAAAGAUAUUAAACUCCUCUGCGAAGCUGUCCUCAUCUGCUCAGAAACCCCUGAGGCAUACACCUCCAUUGUCCAUAUCAGUAUGAGCAUGCAUCAGCCACCCAAGGUGUCCUGGAAGAAGGUCGCUGGGUACAUUUGGAGUCAUGGCGGAUCUUAUUACUUUGGAAAUGCUACUUGUAAGAAGAAGUGGUGCGAGAUCCAUGAUGUCAAGCUUUGA